AUUUGUUCCGAUUAAAACCUAUUUACACCGAUUGGUCCACCACCUUACAUACAAGCACAACGGAACCCCAUUGGACACCAUCUAGCAAACGCCAUGUCAACUAUCCAACAGGUCCAGCAGGCGCUCGCGGUAAUGUCUUCGACCGGCGCGGACAAGCCGACCGCCAACGCAUACCUCGAGAACUUCCAGAAGUCGGCAGAGGCGUGGGAUGUGACGCACACGAUUCUCGCGGAUGCCGAGUUUCCGCUUGAGCUCAAGUACUUUGCGGCGCAGACAAUGCGUUCCAAGAUCAUCUACGACCUUAACCAGGUACCGGCCACCGCGCGUGACGACUUGAAAAACUCGGUUUUACAGUUGAUGCUUGCGUACGAUGCGGAUAGUCACAAAAUCAUUCGGACACAGCUCUGCAUCUCUUUGGCUAAUCUCGCGAUCCAGAUGCUCGACUGGGCGAACCCGACCGCGGACAUUGUUACGUUCUUUUGUGCGCGUGACGACGCACGCGCACGCGCUACGCUCCUUGAGUUCUUGCGUGUGCUCCCGGAGGAAAUGUGCGAUGUGAAAAAGACGCCGCUCACAGAUGAUGAGUUUGCUAUGCGUGCGACGCAGCUCCUCACGGCCAACGCGGACGCGGUGAUCGGUCUCCUCAGUGGCCUUGCAGCGGACCCCACGCCCGCGUUCGUCGCGCUCCUCCUCGACUGCUUAAACUCCUGGCUCAAAGAGGUGGAGGUACUCACAGUAUUGAGUAACCAGCCGUUGACCGACGUGAUUUUCCGCUCUCUCGCUGCACCUGCCACCUUCGAUGCGUCCGUCGAGUGCCUCGUGACGGUGUUGCGUGAGACCCGCGACAUGGAGAUCGAGGACCACCACAUUGUCCAAUCGCUCUUGGACCAGCUUUUAGCCUUAAAGCCGUUUAUGGAUGCAAACCUCACAGACCAGGAGACCAUGGCAGGCCUCACACGUCUCUUUGUGGAGGCGGGCGAGUCGUGGCAUCCACUCAUCGCCGCAAACCCCACGCACUUUGCGCCAUUGGUCGCGCUCAUCCUCGCGUGCUGCGCACCGGCACAGGAUGUAGACACAGUCAAGGUUACGUUUUACUUCUGGUAUACGUUGAAGCAGCUCCUCACCGUGCUGAAAUUUGCGCCUGCGCGCACGGUGUUCACGCCGGUGUACACACAGCUUAUCCACUACAUCAUCGCGCACUUGCGUUACCCUGAGAACGUGGACGAUGCCGAAGCAAAUGCGUGUGCGCUCGAUUUGUUCGAUGACAAGGAAGAGGAGGACAAGUUUAAGGAUUUCCGUUACGAGAUGGGCGAUGUUUUAAAGGACUGCUGUGUGGUGGUUGGUGCCACCAACGCCUUGCAAAUCCCGUAUCAGCAAAUUACCGAGAUCCUUGCCUCUUCUUCCGCCUCCUGGCAAAGCAUUGAAGCGCCGUUAUUCUCGAUGCGCGCGAUGGCGAAGGAGAUUCCAUUAAAGGAGAACAAGAUCCUUCCUGCGAUUAUGAACUUGUUAGUCCAGCUUCCAGAGCACUUCAAAAUCCGCUAUGCCACGACCCUUGUCUUGGGGAGAUACACCCAAUGGACGGCGAAACACCCAGAGUUUUUGGAACCCCAACUAAACUACAUCAUCGCGGGCUUCGGGGAUGGCAACAAGGAGGUGAUGACCGCCGCGUCACACGCGCUCAUGUACUUCUGUCAGGACUGUUCGUCCUUGCUUGUCAGCUUUAUCGAGCAGCUUUAUACUUUUUACACCAAUGUCCAGAGCCAGGAUAAUGGCUUGGAUCUCGCGUCAGUAUAUGAGAUUGUGGACGGUGUUGCGCACAUCUUGAAGGUGCAGCCGCUCGCUUCCGUGUAUGAUUACACCCGAAUGUUUGUCCAGCCGACGGUAGACAAGUUGGAAGCGUUAUUGACGGAUUCGCGUGGCGUGGAUACCGUCAGCACCGAAAUUGCCGACCAGUUGGAGAGCUUGGCGAUUUUCUUCGACGUCUUGAGACCGUCUGCGAAGGAUUACGACCUCCUCAUGAGCAACAACGAAAUUUAUCCUGUGGCGAAACUCUUUGGGGAGCUCUGGCCGUUGAUCACGCGGAUAUUAGCCAAGUACGGCCACGUGAUGCGUGUGUCGGAGCGCUGCUUGAAGGUGGUGAAGAACGCGCUCGUCAACUACAACUUGAUGCUCCAGGAGGUUCUUCCGGCGGUGCUUGGGGCGUUAGUGCUGGGCUUUGCGCAGACCAAGUUCGGGUGCUACCUCUGGGUGAGUGGUGUGGUAGUGCGCGAGUUUGCCGACGAUGGUUAUGAUGAUACGACUGCGCGCAGUGAUGAGCGUAUGAAGACCGCAAUCUACGAGUUUGCUGCGACGCAGAUCGCGCAGUUCUUUUCGUUCUUCACCUCCGAUGUCGCCAGUCCCUUGGACAUUCCCGACAUUAUUGACGACUUUUACCGCAUGAUGAACGAUCUUUUAAUGUUUUAUCCGUUUAAAUUAAUCGCGAAUCAGGAAUUGGUCAAGUCGUCGAUCGAUGCUUCCGUUUAUGCUUUGUCCCACUUGCAGUCGUAUGAUCCCAUUACACACAUCUUGCACUACUUGAUCGACCUUGUGGCGUGGGGGUUCAAGCACCCGCCGGUGUCAAUGCAUGAAACGAACCCCGUCGAGAUCCAGCAGGCGGUCCAGGAGAUGGUUGCGCGUGAGGGUGCACAGAUCGUGAGCGUAUUGAUCAAUGGACUUGUGUACAAGUUCCCAAGAGACUCGCAUCCUGACACAUCAGAGUUGCUUGUCAAGAUGUUUACAUUGCCAAAUAUCCAUGCUAAUCCUGACACGGUGAUUCAGUGGAUUGACCAGGCAUUGCUCCAGUUGGGGAACGUCAGCGAGGAGGAGCGGAACAAGCUUGUGAGCGUAUUGGGCGUCGCGUUAACGAACAAGGAUGCGCGCCGGAUGAGAGGGAGCAUUAAGGAUUUUGUAGGAUGGUAUACGCGGAAGCAUGUGAUGGCGAGAAAUGAGUUCAAAUAGUCUGAGCUGAAUCCUUCAAUUUACUAGAACGCAACUGUACGGUUUAGAGUUUAUCAUAUCUAUGAAUGUAUAGUUUUUUUUUUGUUGUUAUCUUCGACUGGAUGGGCUCCUCUGAGAUCUCAACGUCUAGGACUGAUCUAUCUUCCUCGUAGUUUCUAGAUUUAUGCGUAUAUAUGAACAUCGGCAGAAUAGAUGUAAUACCUGAC